GCUGGGGCGGCGGCGGUGGUGCCGCGCUCGUGACACAGUUCACACAGGGCCCCAGCAGCUCUGCCAUCUUCCGCAGCUGCAAGGCGGACCAAGGAGGCGGCCUCCGUGCCUUCGAAGGCUACCAGCAGGAAGCCGGGAGUUCGGUGCUCUUCGAGAACUGCUCGGCAGAAGGUUACGGUGGCGGUGCAUUCGUGCGCGAUAACUUCACGCAGGGCCCCGACAGCUCUGCCAUCUUCCGCAGCUGCUUGACAGAAUCCGAUGGCCCUGUGUUCCUGCCACCGUCACCAGUGUAUCUCACGGGUGGUGACUGCAUGGACGGUAG